AGGCCGAGGCGCCUUGGGGAGUGCCAGCCUCCGCCCCUGCCCCCCUGCCGCCUCACGUCCGCGGUGACCACUGGAGCCCGUCACCAUCCUCUCCACGACGUGCUGCCCUGAACCCGCAGCCAUGUGCCGGACCCUGGCCGCCUUCCCCACCACCUGCCUGGAGAGAGCCAAAGAGUUCAAGACACGGCUGGGGAUCUUUCUUCACAAAUCAGAGCUGGGAUCUGAUACUGGGAGUGUUGGCAAGUGGAGCAGCAAACACAGCAAAGAGGGCAGAAACUUCUCAGAAGAUGUGCUGGAGUGGAAAGAGUCAUUUGACUUGCUACUGAGCAGUAAAAAUGGAGUGGCUGCCUUCCACGCUUUCCUGAAGACGGAGUUCAGUGAGGAGAACCUGGAGUUCUGGCUGGCCUGUGAGGAGUUCAAGCAGCUCCGGUCGGCUACCAAGCUGGCCUCCCGGGCUCACAAGAUCUUUGAGGAAUUCAUCCGCAGCGAAGCCCCAAAAGAGGUGAACAUAGACCAUGAGACCAGGGAACUGACCAGGGUGAACCUGCAGGCUGUCACGGCCACGUGCUUCGACGUGGCUCAGGGCAAGACUCGCACCCUGAUGGAGAAGGACUCCUAUCCACGCUUCCUGAAGUCCCCUGCUUACCGGGACCUGGCGGCCCAAGCCGCGGCCGCCUCGGCCUCUCCUGCCGGCGGCAGCCCGGAGGAGCCCUUGCACACUUGAACCUCCUGGCGGUGAGGGAGCCAGCCGCGAAGAGAGGUGGAGUCACCCAUCCCCGAGGCACAGUCUACCAGGCAGGCGCGAGAGGACAGUGAAGGAAAAAGCCCAUCUGGCAGCCUGUUUUGGAAGCACCCUCUCCUCCAGAUACUGUGGGACUGGAUUCCACGCCUGGGAGGCCCCCCCACCCCCACUUCCAGGACCAGCGGAUAAGGGCCGAAGAUAAGGGCUGUGUGGGGCUCUCCAGGGAGAGGAGAGGAGGCGUCGGCGUUCGCGUUGGCUCUUGGCCUCCACGGGGCAAGAAAUAUUCCGGGGUGGUUUGGGAGACACGGAUAAAGGGAGCUUGAAAAUGAGACAGGGCAGGACAGCUAGAUGAGCUCUUCUGCCUGGUGAGGCGCUGACGCAGAUCGCACCCCGUUUGCCUCAUUCGUAGGCUGUCCGGGGCCCGCAAGCGUGCUGCGAAGUGGUGCCUCCUGCCCCGUCCCCCUCACUGCCUCCGUGGCCCAGGCCCCUGAGCCCCCCUCCUGUGUCCCGCCUCCUCAAGGCCAGAGCACCAAUUUGACACUUUCCCCAAAUGAGAUUUUUUUUUUAUACCUCAAAAACUGCCUUUGGAGCCCGUUCUGCAUCAGUAGAGAGCCUGGAAAAGGGGCCGUCUUGCUCCUGUGAAACUCAUCUUGGUGCUCGUGGUGACCUUUGCUCCCUGACCCCGUGCUGUGCCGGGGGGGGGGGCCCUCUCUCGGCCCUGGGCUGCCCUAGACCGUAGGGCCCGUGAGGAGGAAGGUGUGGGGCCUCUCUGUGAGUGGCUAGUCCAGCUCUUAGGCUCUGCAGUAUGGAACGAGAGAGAAAAGGACCCUAAGAAAUCUCUUGGCAGUUCCCAAAAGUUCUGCUGAAAUCAAGCCAGUAUUUUUUGUGGGUGUGAGAACAGGAAAAAAGGGAUGCCCAAAAUGGAAGGGGAACCUUAUGUUUCUUUCCUGUGGAUGUGAGGUGUCAGGGGAAGUUGGACCAGGGACCACGAUGGCCCUUGGAAGACAGAAGCUGGGGGUGCAGCUGGAGAGAGAGGCUGCUUGGAAGAGCCAGACGGGGGAACUCAGAACCUGCUUGUCACUUCAGGGCAACACCAAACACACAUUUUUGUGGUGGGACUUCUGCAUGAGCCCAGGCCCGGGAGGCGAAUGAACCAGGCGGCCCCCUUAUGCCCCAGGAACCAGGCGGCCCCCUUAUGCCCCAGGAAAAGCAGCACUGUUCUCUCUGCACUAUGAGCUCCUCUAGGAGAAAAUUAUUUAAGUAUAAUGUGUCGUCGGUUUUGUGACAAUUGUCAUAGCAUAUUAUUUUUAUUACUGUUGUGUUGUUGCUAUUGUUAUUUAUUAUUGUAAUUUCAGUUUGCCUCUGCUGGAGAAUCUCAGCAGGAGCUGGCAGCCUGACUGUCUCCCUCUCCUCCAGACUCUACCUCUGAACGUGCUGGGAACCUCUUAGCGCCUGUCAGGGACUCCUCACUAAAUAUUUAUUUAUUGUUGACAAUGGAGCUGGUUUCCUAGAUAGGGAUGAUGUACUUUAUCCUUGUUUCCCUGUUUCAGCAUGUUAUAUUCUUG